AUGGCCAACGCCCAAGAUGCACUUUACAUCCUCAGCCCUUUCGACACCCUUUUCGAACGCGUGGGCGUCGUCAUGGGUUGGCUUGUCGAAGGAACAGUCGACCUAGCCACCCUCGACAGGGCGCUCGGGUCAGUUGUACGGAAGUGGCCUAUGCUUGCUGGGCGUCUGGAGACGCACGAUGUGGAAGGAAACCAGAAAUUGUAUCGCGUCCGCGUCCCUCUCUCCGGCGUAGCUGAAGAUUACGCGCGUUACACCCUCACGUCGUCCAGUUCUCCGUACCCACUUUCCAAAUACAUGGCUCUACCCAUCCCAUUGGCGUCGGACUCUCUUCCUCACGAGCUCUUCAUGCAACCAAAGGCUCCAACUCUUACGACCCAGUGGACUAAUGGCAAACUGCCUCUUCUUCAUUGGCAUGUUACCUGGUUUGACCGAUACGACGAUUCGGGAAAGAAACGCCCCUUCUCGUGUAUAGGAGUGACCUUUCCGCAUGCUCUCUUUGACGGCCUGGGGAUUGCCCGCGUCGUGCAUGCAGUUGAAGCAGAGUUGCUUGGUCGGGAAUGGGAGCCACCUUCGAUUGUACUUGAGCCAGGAGUAAACAAGGACCUCCUGGAGGCCACCCUAGACCGUGCAGCAGACGAACAAUUUGCCAAGACAGGGCAAACACAUGGCAGCUCGGAGUAUCAUGCAACAGGGUUGGUCACGACGUGGUGGGUGUUUAUGUACUUCCUGUGGGCGAUUUGGCAGGAGAAGUGGCACGGUGGGCGCAGAAGACUGCUUUUGAUGCCCGCCGAGGCUUUCGGAAAGUUGGUAGACGAAACUAGGGCGGCUGCAGCCAAAGAACAAGGAGAUAAGCCUGAGGAUGGGCGCGUCCAAUUGACUCGUGGAGAUAUACUUGCGGCUUUCGUGUUCAAGAACACCUUUUGUGAUGGAUACUUGCCGCCAGAGUCUAUCGUCAGUAUGUCCAGCCUCGCAUCUCUUCGCCGUCCGACGUUCUUUUCCGGCGCGCUUGCAACGUACCCACACAACUGCGUCAUCCCACUCCCGUACCCGCUCUACACCAUGCGCAAACUCGAGGACAUGACCAUCCCAACUCUGGCAACUCAGUUCGCAGAAGCCAGGAUUGAGUUCAAGCAAGAGGAAGCGUUACUGUCUCGAGAAGUCCUGCGAAGAGGCGCCCGCGAGAAGCUCUCGUCCAUUCCAUUUGACACACGCGCAAGGGAGAGCAUGAGCUUCUCGAACAUGGUCAUCGCAAACAUCGUCAACAUCGACUGGACAGGCGCCGGUAGAAACCCAGGCGACGUAUCCCGAACGGUGUGUCGGUACAAGACGCUCUUUCCCAACCCGCAAAUGCAGGUUGCUAACACGGUUGUAGCUGCUGGAUACUUGGACGACGGAACUAUGGUUAUGGACGUUUACUUCGUCAAGCGAAGGUUGAAGCUUUUGGAAGGCGCGAUUGCAAAGCUUGUCGAGGAAGCAGAACGUUAG